CAUGUACUGCAUGAAGAUUCGCAUAUGUGCCAACUCAUGUUAAUAUUGUGUGAGCGCAUUCUCGUGGAUUGAAGUGUGGUGAAGCUUGAACCCGUCACAACAAAGCACAUCAGAACGACAGAAGCUUGACAACGAAGCUCUCCAUUUAUAAAGCGAGGACAGCGUUGUGUGUCAGCAAAAAAGCUUCAGCUUCGGUCAAUAGAUAUGCAAAUUGUCGUUGUGGCAGUGGUGUAAUGCUAAGUCAUCACUGCCCAAGAGUGUGAACGGGCUUCAGAAGUUGACCACAACUGAGCUCUCGAGUUAUCAAGCGAGGACAGCGGUGUGUGGUAGCAGAAAAGCUUGAGUGUCGGAGUCAUUGUAGCCAUGCCUGUUUUUCUUCUGUUCACGAAUCUGCCAGCAAGUGCCAUCCCAAAGGGUUUUUUGUUGGAAACCUCAGCAGUUAUCGCCAAAGCCAUUCGGGAACCGGAAAGUUAUGUGACGGUGAGGAAUCAUCCAGAUCAGAUGAUGAACCACGGGGGUACGACUGAUCCAUGUGCCAACUCCGAGCUGCGGAGUACCGGACACAUGGGGAAUGAGGAAAACAUUCAGAUGUCCAAAGAAAUUUCAGAAUUCCUGCAACAAAAGCUUGGUAUUGACCCUAAAAGAAACUACAUCAAAUUCACCAACCUGAAGCCACUUGACGUUGGGUAUGAGGGGACCACGUUUGCGGUCUUGUGGAAAUAAAUGAAUUGGCUGGGCAAAAUAUUAACUAAAAAACCUACCAAUAAACUAAUGAUGAUCCAUAGUAUCCCUGGUGAAGACGUAUUACUUUGGCUGCAUUUGGCUCUGUAAAAAAAUUAAUGGAUGGGUACACUCAGGCAUUGUAUUCAUGCGUUAUUUCUACAUUUAUUUUAGCGGAUGAAAAUAACGGUUUAGGUUCAAAACGUUAGGGCAGCGAAAUUAUGGAUACAACUGCAGGGAGUCUAUAUAUCUUUGUAUAGUCUUCUUGAGACGUCGGUGUGCACCCAGGGCAAAUUUUGAUUGUAAACCGAUCACAAGUGACUCUAUCACUAUCGACGAUUCGAUCCAUGCAUUGACUGACAGCAACAGUCAUCAAUAUUCUACAGCAAUCUUUAAAUUUACUUCAGUGUCCUUUUGACACAUCCUUAUAAUCCCUUCUGAAUUAUCGUGACGAUUAUCAAGGAUGACUGACGCCUAAUCGGGACCGAUUCAUUGACAACCUCGACCCGUGAAGGUCCGGGGUGG